UAGCACUCAGUCACUCGUGGCCAUUGUUAUUGUUGUCGUUAACGGCCGUCAGCUCGAGACCUCCAACAACUCGGGCGCUCUCGCUCAUUGGCUGUUUCGCUUCCCAACUGCCGUGACGUCAGCAGUCCUAAAUAAUAGUUUCAGGGAGAGAGUGGAAAAAAAGGAGCGACGGCAAGGCUGGUUGCUGCUCGCGCUCAUGAUCAGUGGCUGCUUCGCAUUCCAAGUGCCGUGACGUCAGCAGCCCUAAAGAGUUGGAAAGAGCAAGGGUGGCAAGGGUGGUUGCUCACGCUCAUUGGCUGCUUCGCUUUCCAGCUGCCGUGACGUCGGCAGCGCUAGAGAAGUGGGAAAAGGAGCAGCGUCAAGGGCGGUUGCUGGUGCUCACGUUCAUUGGCUGCUUCGCUGUCCAAUCGCCGUGACGUCACCGGGGUUGGCGCUUGCGCAAUCCAAAGAGUUCAGGCGAGGGGGCGAGUGCGCCUGCGCGCACGGUCGCGAGCCGUUCUGUCAGUGCCGUUUGGGCCGUUGCUGUGGCAGCCGCCGCCGCGGGGCCUGCGAGGGCCCAGCGGCGAGGCCUUUCCGCCCGCCAAGACGGAGCCCCCCGGGAACACCAGCGGCAGCUCGGCCGCCGCUUCCUCCUCCUCCUCGUCGUCGCCGUCCCUUUCCCCGCCGCAGCAGCAGCAGCAGGCCCUGACGCUGCUGGUGAUGCAGCCCUGCGGCGGCGGGGACGGGGAGGCGGCGGCGGUGGGGGCCCUCUUCCAGCAGCAGCAGCAGCCGCCGGCGCCUCCGGUGCUCCGUCCCAUCCAGGCCGCCCCCGAGGCCCCGCCGCCCCCUUCCUCCUCCGCCCAGGGCGGCCUCAUGCUCUUCUACGAACUGGGCCCGGCGGCCGAGGCGGAGGCGGAGGCCGGGGAGAGCGCGGGAAGCCCGGGCGGAGCGGACCCGGACGAGGAGGAGGAGAGCGGAGCCCAGUCCGGGGGCGGCGGCGGCGGGGGCUGCAGCAAGAGCUGCACGUACGAGGGCUGCAGCGAGACCACGACGCAAGUGGCCAAGCAGCGGAAGCCCUGGAUGUGUAAGAGGCACCGCAACAAGAUGUACAAGGACAAGUACAAGCGCAAGAAGAGCGACCAGGCCCUGGGCAGCGGCGCCGGAGGGGGAGCCGGAGGAGGGGCGGCUGGUGGCGGAGGUGGAGGAGGCGGUGGCUGCCCUGCCCCUGCUUCCGCUUCCCCUGGAGCCUCGGCACAGGCCGGAGCAGCCCCGGGAAGCAGCGCCCGCGCCGAGGAUUUCACUGAAAGUUCAGUUUCUGCAUCAAAGCAAAGAACAGGAAAUGUUGGAGAUCGGCCAGCAAAACCUACGCUUUUGGAACAAGUGUUAAACCAGAAAAGACUUUCACUACUGAGAAGUCCUGAAGUUGUUCACUUUCUGCAGAAACGACAGCAACUGUUAAGUCAACAGGCCCUGGAACAAAGGCAGCAACAGUUUUCAGGAGCUUCAGUAUGAUGGCAGCAAAACCCCCAGCUUAUCCUCUGGUCAGCAUCUUAAAUGAAGAAAAGACUUGGACAACCAACCAUCAAACUGCUCUUGCCAUUGUAGACUGUGGUUUUGCUUUCUGCUUCUUGACAAGUCAGAAAACUUAGUGGAACCUAUUUGUUUGUUUCAGAAUGGUGUUUGAUUUGUAUUUAUUUGAAAUUAUUUUAAUAGCUUUAUUCAUUCGCCUUGUUCCAUUGAUAUCUUGCAUUACCUUUUGGAAGCUGUGUUGAGCUUUUUGGGGAGAGAUUUUUAGUAAAUCAAACUGAUAUCAGUUUAACUGUUCAAUUGUUUUGUUGCGUGAAUAGAUUUCAUAUCAUGCAUAACAUUAUUCUUUGAUGAUUGUCAUCAAGCAAUACUUACUUUCUGUGGAAGUUUUAAGUGGUAAACAUUUUUAUUGAGGAGCAGUUACUGUUCUUCCGACCCAGCACUGAUGCUUGAUUUGUCUCUUGGGCCAGUCUAGUUGAUUGGUUUCUGUAUCGCAUUAUAAAUUAAUGUGUCCUAGACUGGUAUUAAUUUUAUAUUUGUUUUUAAACAUGGUUAAAAACAUUUUUUUAGUGUAUUUUGGUAUAUUGCUGGCAUGAUUCUUCCAUUUGAGCUUAUUUAUAUUAAUUUUAUAUUUUAAAUGACUUAUUUGUAAUGAUGAACCUAAGUUAUAAGGAUAUAUUGGUACAUCGUUUUUGUAUCUUUGUAGUUUUCAUAUUUCUGAAAAUAUCUAGGACUUUUUAAAAAACACUUUUUAAAAAAAUGUCAUUUAAGUUAACUUUUUUACAUCAAACUUUUAAAAUAUUUAUCAAUUGUAGAUAAUGGAUUGGGUCCAGACUUGGAGAUACUUAAAGUACAUCCACUGAAAUAGUGGAACUUAAGUUAGUAGUACUAAAUUAAGUCAUAUUCAUUACAGUGAAUCUACUCUAAAUAUGACGGACUGGAUCCAGUCAUAUAAAAGAUGUCUUGCCUGUGGAUAAACAGAAAUUAGCCGUCUUGUACUUCUGGCUUACCUUUAGAAGGAAAUCUGAGCUGUGAUAAGGGAUUCAGAUUUCAAAUAUACAUGGUGCUUGUGUGUACUUGUUCUUCCAUUUCUGAAUUAAAUAUUUACAAUGUGGGUAACAUUUUUCAAUUUUGCAUGAAGAAAAUAGUUAAAUACAUUUGUUUUAAACUUCUUCCCUGCUUGUUAUACUCAUUAUGGUGUGUCCUACUGUGAAGUAAAGAAUGACACUUUCCAGAA